AUGGAAGCUGCUCAACAACCGAAGCCCGCUCAAAAACGCAACUUUCGUAGGACACAAGGUGCCCAAAAUCGGCUUGAAAAAACGGUUGAAAAAGAGGUCGGAUCGACCAGAAACGCUUCAAAUUUGGGAGACCGAAGCAAAACUGAGUCCGCUGAAGAUGAUGAUUUGUGCCUGGUGUGUGCCGAGAAGAUUGUGUACGCUGCAGUAGCACUUUGCAAUCACGUAGUGUGUCAUGUGUGUGCGUUUAGACAACGGGCUCUGUAUGAAAAAAAAUCGUGUUUGGUAUGUCGCACUGAAGCUGAGGAUGUAAUCAUCUGCCAAGAUAGAGACGCGAGCUAUGGCUCGUUGAAGGAGGAAAAUAAAUUCGCCGAGGUUAAUGAGAAAUACGGAUUAUCAUUUAUAGAAGAAAGCGCUGCACGCAGCACCUUGGAUUUGCUCAAGUUCACAUGCCCCUUUGGCGACACCGGUAGCGAUGAGGAUUUUGGCAGCUACAAGAAAUACAACUUGCAUUUGAAAAAUGAGCAUGCAAAAACGCUGUGCAUGAUAUGCGCAUCCCACAAAAAAGCGUUUCCUAGAGAGCUCAAAGUCUACACGCCGAACCAAUUACGUGUUCAUCAGUGCAAGGGGGACUCAAAGGGGUUUUCGGGCCAUCCAAUGUGCAAGUUCUGCUCAGGUCAACGGUUUUACUCAGAGGAUGAGCUUAACAUUCAUAUGCGUGACAGGCAUGAAAGGUGCCAUAUCUGUGACCGCAUUGAUUCUUCCAAACCGCAAUACUUCAAAGACUAUGACCAGCUAUUCGAGCAUUUCAAAGCUGCGCAUUACGUGUGCACCUUCCAAUUAUGUCUGGACAACAAGUUUGUCGUCUUUGAAGACGACCUAGACCUGCAAGCCCACAUUUUAAAAGAGCACGGGAGUAUAUUGGGAGGUGGCAGUAGCUCAGCGUUGACAAACGGCGGACGUCGUUAUCAGUCGCGGCUCUCGACAUUCGAACAGGCUCCUAGAGAUUCUGGUUCUCAGCGGUCAACUCGAAAGAAACCAACUAAUGAAGAGGAUUCUGAUUCUUUGGAAAUGAAGAGCAAAAGAAUGCAGGAAAGGGCAAGAAACUAUUUGAACUACUCUCAUAGCGACUACGAGCAGUUUCUUGCCAUUAAUGAAGGCUACAAGAACGGAAUGAUGAGUGCCGAAGAUUUGUUUACGGCUUAUCAAAACUUAUUCCAAUCUGCAGAAGCGAACACAACAUUACUUUUGUAUGACUUUUCUGAGUUAUUCUUCAAGAAUUCCAAAAACUAUAAGGACCUGCGCGCGGUCUACGAUAGAGAGCAAGAAAAGCAAGACAGACGCACUAAUUUCCCUUCCUUGAGCUCCUCGAGUCCGAACUUACUCGCAAGAAAUGUGGUUAGUGGAAAAUGGGGAGGAAGUGCGGGAUCGGCCAAACCAGCGGCUCGUCAAUACAAUUUCCCUUCAUUGAAAAAGCCAUCAGAGCCGGCAUUUCCUGUUUUGAAGCCCACACCUGCGCCUCAAAAAAAAGUGGUCAACGCUAUAUCGAGGCCCAAUAGCGUUAGUGGCACGCCGAAGUCUAACUCGGCAGCUGCUAGUAACUAUAAGCCGACCUAUUUACAAGACAAAAAGUCUGCCUCCAGCUCCACGACAUCACUUGACCGAAACAUGUUUCCGCCGCUUCCAAAACCACAGAAGCCAACAUUCCGUGCACCAUUGGUGAACAAACCCAAUAUUCCAGAUCCAACACAGUGGGGAAGAACUUCUUGGGAUUCACCAAACACGUCUGAAUCAGAGACAAUAUCUCCGUCGCAUGGCAAAAAGAAGGGAAAGCAAAAGCAACUCCUUUUCCACAUUGGCAUUUAA